AUGCCUCGAGCUUCGAGAACGCGGCCGGCGGCGGCGGCGGCACCUGCUUUCGGCCACCAAUCUAUCGGCUCCUUCACACGCAUCUCAAAGUACAGCACCAUCGUCAAAUCGGUCGAACCUGACACCGACAGGGUGACCCGCAAGAGGAAAGCCUCCUCCUCGGUCGAAGAGCCGGUCGAUACGGCCGUCGGCGGCGAGGAACCGUCCAAAAAGGCUACGGCCACUCCCUCCAAGCGUGCCUGCCGACGAGCCCAAUCACCGAAACGGUCUGCCGUGCAGAGACCGGCGAAGACGUCCGUCAAUGGCAAGCGAUCGGCCCAGGCGACGCUCUCACAGGCCGUUACGAACCGCGAGCAGAGCGCAUCGAACCCGCAGGAGAGGGCCGCUCGGCCGGAACCCAACGUCGGACGGAAGCGGACCAACGAGUGCGAUGCCAGUCCCCCGAACCCCCUCCCGCCACACCUGGAAGACCUCGUCCGUUUGAACAAGGCUUUGCUCAAGACCGUGGCCGUCCACCUCGCACACUGCGGCAGCCAUGUGCCCAUCAGCAUCGGCGCCAUCACGCCCAAUCUUUCGCGCACUUGGGGGAAGCGACAGGUCACGGUCGACGACUUUCGCCGCUGCAUCGCCGUACAAGCAUACGCAAAGGACGAGCCUGCGUGCCCUCUCGUCAUUUCCGACUACGGCCGCGGCCAAAUCUGCGUCGAGCUGGCACCCGACGGCCAUGACCAUCUCAUCAACGAGGAUCGGCUCCAGGCGCAGUUCGAGAGGAACCUCCGCGCGCUCUGCGCCGAAAAGUCCGACGACGAAAUGGCCGACGUUGACGUUCCCUUUGACGGCUUGACCCUCGCCGACCUUCCCCACGCCGCCAUCAACGACAGGGCCGUCGGUGUCAGGCUGAACCCUUUGCUCUCCAAGGGUCGCCGUGAUCUUGCCCAUCUCAAGAGCGGCAUCCUCGUCAGGCAGCAGGAAAGUCGGGCCAAGCAGCAGACGCCCGCACCGGGCCCGACCCCUCUCAACCCCGACGGCACCAAGAUGAGUCUGCUCGAUCGCCUGCGCCUGAAGCAGCUGAGCCGGGCGAACCAACCCCUCGGUCCGUCGGGGCCCGAACUUGAACGCCGAGCCGCGCUCAACCGUGUGCCGGACGUGGCCGCCACCGUCUCCAUGCUCAGCCUGUCGAACCCGCUCUCGCUGCCGCGACAAGCCUUCACCAUGUCCGCCAUCGCCGAGAGGCUCCGGGACUCGCUGCGAACACCCAUAUCCAAGGAGGAGGCCGUGGCGUGCGUCCGGCUCAUCGCCACCGAGGUCGCACCCGAGUGGCUGCGCAUCGUCACCAUUGGGGGAAGGGACAACAUGGUCGUCCAGCGGAACGGUCAGCCCGUCGACAGGGUCAUUCAGGAACGGGUGCAGAAGCUGCUGGUGGCGUGA